AGAGAUAUGGCUUUACGUUCGUUUAUUGUCAUGGCUGGAUAUAUAAGCCAUUUUUAAGGUGAAACAUUCGCAAGCGUGCCUCAGUAGUAGAUUUGCGUCCAAACAAUGGGUGUUAGAGUGUUUGUUUUUCUAUUUUUACUACAUGUUACACAGUCCGAGGUGUUAGAUCUAACAUGUGAUCAAAUACGGGCGUUUGUGGACGGACACAACUCGCGUCGACUUCAACUAGCCAAAGGACAAGUUCCGAAUCAACCCGCUGCUUCUGAGAUGGGAAUUAUGGUGUGGGACAAUGAACUAGCAGCAAAGGCAAGAAAUUGGUCAGCUAACUACGUAUUUAAACACAAUCCAGACAGAACAGUUCCAUCACGCAGAUUCGGCACGGGAGAGAACUUAUACUAUGCGGGCAACAGCAGAAAAGAUUGGGUGCUCAAGGUCGACUCAGCGAAUGAAGCUUGGUUCAACGAGUACAAGGACUUCAAGUACGGCCCUCUCGGAGCAGAACACUUCAAAGACCCCAAAAAGCCUGUAGGACAUUACACUCAGAUGGCGUGGUGGAACUCAGUGUACCUCGGAUGUGCAGUGUCAACGAAGCUUGAGAAGGGAAUGAAAGCCUACUAUGUCGUUUGUAACUAUGGACCAAGCGGCAACUACAUGCGCCAGGCUCCAUACAAAGCCUCCGGUGCGAGCAAUAAGCUGGUCUGCAAAGGUGUAGGCAACUGCGAGCUUCUUUAUGGAGAAAUAUGUGGACCAUAUACAUAGAUCGUUACCAACUUAGCGACUUGCCCGAACAAUUGACAACGAAAUAAUCAAAUAAUCAUACACCUUUAGAUGCACGCGACAGAUAAAGCCAUGUAAAUUAAAAUUACUAUCAUCAAUAUCAGCCUUAGACUAAUUACUAUAGUACCUGCGUCGCUAGGUUACUCCUCUGCCAAAACUAUAUGAUCAUGAUCAAACUUGUUCAUACAAAAUGCAUAAAAUCAAUGUUUCAUUGUGUUAAAAUUAAGUACACGUGUGUUUAUUGUGAGGACACAGGAUAUAUAUAUAUUUUAUAUUUUUGUUAAAUAAGCAAUAUAACCCUAGAGUUAUGGAAAAUACUACAUUCUGAGCUGCCAGCUUCCAGCGGCUACCUGCAACCCAUUUAUUAUCUCCGGUCCACUAGGGAGUCGAAAGUACUAUAGGUAAGGUCUGAUGCAAUCAUUAUGACGUAUGAGCUGUGCAGUACAAGAUUUUAGGUAACACCGGUUACGUAAGGGCGCGGCGGCAGGGCAUCGAACCGCGGCAAUUGAGGCAAUUACCGAAAAUUAUUACCGAAAUUUAAUUAUAUUUUUUUUAAAUUGUAAAUAUCAUAUUAUGAAAUAGAUUGCAUUGUUCACUUAAAAAUCGUUUUAUUAU